GGAUGUGGGUGAUUGUGAGCCCUGAGCUGCUACUGCACGUCAGCCAGGGAGGGGCCAUCCAGUUGGUUGUUUAGAGGAACUGUGCUGUGCUGUGUUCUGUUUUCAGAAGAAAACAAGAGUAGGUACUGGGGUGGGGGAAUUUGUCUUCGUACCUUCUACGCCUCUAGCAGUUUUUAAAUGCCGCUUGAAUCUUCCCUGUGGAAAGACCAGGGGAACUGAGGGGCGUGGCGUUGAAUUCUGAGAAGGCCAUCCCAACGUUGUUUCCAGCAGACCCUGGAAGGCUUCUGAUAAGAGGAGAGAGAACGCCCCGGACUUGAUCUCCAGGAAGAGCUUCGGGGCUUAGUGAGAUUUCCAGGGUCUCUUGGGAACUAGCCUUGCAGGAUCUCUCAGAGGAAACAUUCUGAGAGACCGUAGGCGCUGCGAAGAUGUCCAACCCCUUCCUAAAACAAGUCUUCAACAAGGACAAGACUUUCCGCCCCAAGCGCAAGUUUGAGCCAGGCACCCAACGUUUCGAGCUACACAAGAAGGCACAGGCAUCCCUGAACUCAGGGCUGGACCUGAGGCUUGCUGUGCAGCUGCCCCCAGGUGAGGACCUCAAUGACUGGGUGGCUGUGCAUGUGGUGGACUUCUUCAACCGUGUCAACCUCAUCUAUGGUACCAUCAGUGAUGGCUGCACAGAGGAGUCCUGCCCCAUCAUGUCAGGGGGUCCCAAGUAUGAGUACCGCUGGCAAGACGAGCACAGAUUCCGGAAGCCCACAGCACUGUCUGCCCCCAAGUACAUGGACCUACUCAUGGAUUGGAUUGAGGUGCAGAUCAACAAUGAGGACCUCUUCCCCACUAAUGUUGGCACACCAUUCCCCAAGAACUUCCUGCAGGCUGUGAGGAAAAUCCUGUCUCGGCUGUUCCGUGUGUUCGUGCAUGUUUACAUCCACCACUUUGACCGCAUUGCACAGAUGGGCUCUGAGGCCCAUGUGAACACCUGCUAUAAGCACUUCUAUUACUUUGUCAAGGAGUUCGGCCUCAUCGACACCAAGGAGCUGGAGCCGCUGAAAGAAAUGACUGCUCGGAUGUGCCACUAAGAUCCCUGAGGGUCUCUCAGUGCCCAGACCUCCACCCAGGCUACAGAGACUUGGAGCAGGACGCCUGGAAAGCAGCAGUGUCUCUCUCUGACCCAAGCAUCUCAAGAGCUUGGUAUCCCUCAAGCCCUGCACUCUAACCUCUGCUGAAGUGUGGGAGCAUCUCUAGGAGACUCCAACUCUCAACAGUGGGUUCCUUCCCCUCUGAUUUCCGUCUUGGCCACAGAAGGCCCACACCCUCAUUGCCCACCUCUCUGAGCCUCAGUCUCUGUCUCUGAACGGGGGAUUGAACCUGAACUGUAAUUCUGCAUGUUGUCAGUAGUCAGAAAAAACCCUCUGCUUUGAAAACAUUUCCACUUCCCAGGAUGCUGGAGAGAACCCUGAACUGCCCCCAGCCUUGGUGGUUGCCAGCCUCCUGGGAAGUUCUAUCCCCAUUUUGACCCCCUAUACCAACCCUACCUGGACCUUGCUGGGGGCCAACUCAUAUAGCCACGUGCCACCCAUGGCUUUGGUCCUGCCUAGGCCAUCUCCCAGGUACAGCCAGCAGCUUGGCCCAAACCUGCCCAACCUGGGAGGGGAGAGGAUGGGUGCUCCCAGGCCAGCUGGGGACAAGAAUCCACCUCCCCUGACCUCUGAGCCCUAGAUCCUUGUAGCACCCACCAGAGCCACUGCUGUGCUCAUACAGAGGUACGACAUGGGCCUGCUCACCCCCUUCUCUUCCUGACCCACUUCUGGGUCUUCCAUUCCUCCAAAGUGUGCUACUCAAUCUGGGGUUUCCUGGACUCCUAGGACCUUAAGACUCCUGCAUCCAGAGUUUGAGUCAUGCCCUGACUAAAAGCCCUUUGUGUGUUGUAAAAGAUCCAACUUUUAUACAAUUUCA